CAUAACCCAUGCACAGAACUACGCAGAGAAACGGCAAGAUUUGUUGAGCUUCAACAGCAUCAUCGCCAUUACCACUGCCGUGCUCGUCCACUGCCAUGUUCCCGACUCGAGGCGUCGCCAGCGUGCUGCUGUUGAGCGCCGUGCUGCUCUGUGCGUGCCAACUGGCGCAGGGUGGCGUCAGCUUCCUGCCCAACGACUUUAAGAAUGAAGACAAGAAGGCGCCCACAGAAGUCGUUCAGCGCCGGUCGGAGGGAGCGGAGCGCUACACUGACGACGACACGGAGCAAAUCAAAAUCUUGGCUCCUCUGGAGGUGGGCAUCGCCAUGAGCUUUGACGAAUAUCGCAAGUAUGGGGCCAUCCUCAAUGAAAUGUUCAAGGAGCUGCUGAAUGUGGACUUGAUAGAAAAGUGAUUCGAAGAGAUGACCACAGAAUGGAGAAUGAAAGGUCGGGCUUGAGAAUGCAAGCGGUAUAAAUAACCUUCAAAGUAACUUAAAUAAGCCAUGGAGUUACCUUUUUUGAGGAUGUAAUUCAUUGAUUUGUGUUACCAAUCAGGUCAUGAGAAUCGCAUUGUAAUUAUUUGAGAGCACAGCAAUGAGCAUGUACGUAUUUGAAUAUAACUCUGUAUAAAUAAAGAAUGCAUGCCUAUAAA